UUGGCUGUGACGUUGAACGCAUCUUUCCAUUCCAUCCGGGAUAGUUUUCUGGGAUGCGGUUGACGGCUGCGGUAAUGGCUGACUGGAUGGAAGUACUGGAUUAAAUGGUUCUGAUGCUGGCGGGUCUGACAUUGUGAACUCAGACUUGUACAGUACUUGAAGGACAUAGACACAAGGCCAGUUUGUCUGAGAAUCCUCACGAUGUCUAAGACCAGAGAGUCGGUCAAGGUGGUGGUUCGCUGUCGACCCAUGAAUGAGAAGGAGCGUGCAGCCAACUUUGAGAGGGUGGUGCAGGUGGAUGUGAAGCUGGGCCAGGUGGCCGUGCGAAACCCCCGGGGGGCUGCAGCCCACGAACACCCCAAGGUCUUUACAUUUGACUCAGUGUACGACUGGAACUCCAAACAGGUGGAUCUCUAUGAUGAAACCUUCAGGCCCCUGGUAGACUCCGUUUUGCUUGGUUUCAAUGGGACCAUAUUUGCAUACGGCCAGACGGGUACAGGAAAGACCUACACUAUGGAGGGGGUGCGCAAUGACCCAGAGAGAAGGGGUGUAAUCCCCAAUUCCUUUGAGCACGUCUUCACACACAUCUCCCGCUCCCAGAACCAGCAGUACCUGGUGAGGGCCUCGUACCUGGAGAUCUACCAAGAGGAGAUCAGGGACCUGCUGUCCAAGGACCAGUCCCGUCGGCUGGAGCUGAAAGAGAGGCCAGACACCGGUGUAUACGUCAAGGACCUGUCCUCCUUCGUCACUAAGAGUGUACGAGAAAUAGAGCACGUGAUGAACGUGGGGAACCAGAACCGCUCGGUGGGCUCCACCAAUAUGAACGAGCACAGUUCCCGUUCACAUGCCAUUUUUCUUAUUACCGUUGAGUGCAGCGAGCUGGGCGUCGACGGAGAGAACCACAUUCGAGUGGGCAAACUGAACCUGGUGGACCUGGCUGGCAGUGAGAGGCAGACCAAGACAGGAGCCCAAGGAGAGCGUCUGAAGGAAGCCACCAAGAUCAACCUAUCGCUGUCAGCCUUGGGGAAUGUCAUCUCUGCCCUGGUGGAUGGCAGGAGCACCCACAUCCCCUACCGCGACUCCAAGCUCACCCGCCUGCUACAGGACUCCCUGGGGGGCAAUGCCCGCACAGUCAUGGUGGCUAACAUCGGACCAGCAUCUUACAACGUGGAGGAGACACUGACCACGUUACGCUACUCAAACCGAGCCAAGAACAUCAAGAACAAGCCCCGCGUCAACGAGGACCCUAAAGAUGCUCUGCUCAGGGAGUUCCAGGAAGAGAUUGCUCGACUCAAAGAACAGUUAGAGAAACGCUCGGGGAAGAAGAAGAAGAAGAGGAGGAGGAAGGGGGUUGGAGAAGCUGGGGAUGAACUCGAAGAGGACACUGAGGAUGGAGAGACGACGGAGGAGGAGGAGGAGGAGGUUGAUGGUGUAGAACCAGCUGAUAAAGUGGGUGCAGAUUAUUGGCGUGUACAGCAGGAGAAGUUGGAGAGGGAGAGGAAGGCCAUCAUGGAGGAUCACAGCCUGGUGGCGGAGGAGAAACAGAGGCUGCUAAAGGAGAAGGAGAGGAAGAUGGACGCCCUCAAGAAGGAGCAGGAGGCAGGCGAGAUGCUGACUGCCAAAGUCAAGGCGAUGGAGAGUAAGCUUCUGAUGGGAGGGAAGAACAUAGUGGACCACACCAAUGAGCAACAAAGGAUCCUGGAACAGAAGAGACAGGAAAUCGCUGAGCAGAAACGCAGAGAGAGGGAGAUGAAACAGCAGGUGGAGAAUCGUGACGAGGAGACCCUGGAGUUGAAGGAGACAUACAGCUCUCUACAACAGGAAGUAGACAUCAAGACCAAGAAGCUGAAAAAGCUGUUUGCGAAGCUGCAGGCAGUGAAAAGUGAAAUCCAUGAGGUCCAGGAGCUGCACAGUAAGGAGAGACAGGAGCUGGAGCAGACCCAGAACGAGUUGACCAGGGAGCUCAAACUCAAGCAUCUCAUCAUUGAGAACUUCAUCCCCAUGGAGGAGAAGAAUAAGAUUGUGAACAGGGCGUUCUUCGACGAGGAGGACGACCACUGGAAGAUGCGUCCCAUCACCCGCAUAGAGGAUGACCAGCGGAUGAUGACCAGGCCAGUGUCAGCGGUGGGCUACAGAAGACCCCUGAGUCAGCACGCCCGUACCUCCAUGGUGAUGAAGGCUGACGUCAGAUACAAGGCUGAGAAUCUCCUGAUGCUGGAGAUGGACCUUCCCGCUCGGACCACUAAGGAGUACGAGGGGCCGGUCAUAGCGCCCAUGGUAGCAGCGGCGUUGGAGGAUGCUCUGCGGGAAGAGGAUGAGAUUCAGGUGGACGCCUCCGGGUUCCACAGCAGCCUCGGACCCACCCAGACCACCAGCACUGGGGCCGGAAGGAAACCAAAAUCUGGCCGACCUAAAACGGGUAAGAAGACUGUCACCCCCACCUCUCCAUACAGCCCCUCCAGCCCAGGACAUCCUUUAUACCCACAAUCCCGUGGGCUGGUGCCCAAGUGAUCAUCCCACACCUUUCUGUUUUGGGACCCAAAGACUGCUUUUUGUUUUGUUUUUCUGCUGAGUCUUGCAGACUGAUUUGCAGAGAAAGUAAAGGACACUCAGAUUCAAGCUCAUUUUAUUUUACCUGAGAACGUAGCUGUUUAUGUUUGCGUUUUUUUUUAAAGAGAUUUGUUACAAUCUUACCAUCCCAAAUGGUUUCUGGACCAAUACUUUUCUGAGCUGUACGUUUCCUCCUGGGCCCCUCCCAGGUCUGCAGUAUGAUGGGACAUGGGGGGCUGACAGCUGAUGGGGCACAUGACAGCUGUUACAUGUCAUUGACAUGCUGUGUGUUUCUGUGCUGCAUGUCUGUUCAGAAGUGGUUGUGCUUCCUACUUUAGGUUUACAAUGGAAUGCUGUUAUCCAGGAGGUCUGUCUGAGCUUCGUCUGUUGCCCUAGUUAAGUGUCUGUACUGUCUGUACUGCAUGGAGAAGUGUACAGGCCGGAGGGUGAAGCACACUACAACACGUUUCUGUCGCGCGGUGGGGACCGGUUGCUGCUGGAAUCACUAGAUGCUGUUCUUUCUGGCACACAUGGAGGAUGAGGCGACGACAGGGGGAGGAUAGUGGGGAACUAGAGGUCAACACAAACCAAAUCUAUCAGGGUUCCAAGGUGCCUUUAUAUUCUCCUACAGGGACAGGCUAAAGGAGAGGAUGGAGGGGUUGUAUCGUUUGCCCAGCCUCAUCGUUAUCAACCUCCUGUCUGGCUGUGUUCCUUGGAAUCAACCGAUUUCUUGUACUUGAGAGAGAUUGGAGGGGUUGAAUGGAGUUGAAGGUUGGGGCUAAUAACUAAUGUAAAACAUACUUGUCCGUAAGACAUUUUAUCAGUUAACAAGAGCAGGCUGAAAUACUGUACAACAACAAAAAAAAAAAAGCAGCUCUUCUACCUACUGUAUCAGAGGUCUCCAUCAAAAUGAAAUCGACUUGGUGUGGAAAAUGAAGGUAGCUUUCCGUGUAUGUUUUGCAAUAAUAUGCAGUCUUAUUUCACACGGUUGAAACCUGCACGGUGUGACUACUGUCCCCACCUCCUGUCACUGUGAGGGCUGUGCUGCCGCUUGCUGCUGCUGCUACUACUGGGUUCUACUACCCUGUGACAUAGUAUAUACAAAUAUAUAUAGACAGCAACAUGUCCAUAGAUUAUCCUGCGGCACCUUUUCAGUUGUAGAAAUGAUACAAAGUAAAUGGGUCUCAAUAUUUGAAGAAGUUAACUUAUUACCACGUUUCAUUUUUUUAUAGACAAGUGUAGAUUGAAGUUUUAUUUUUGGAUUUGUAUAAUUUCAACUUUAUGUACACCAUUUUGUUUCAUUGGUUUAUACUUUUUGUUUUAGUCUGACACAUUUAAUAAAUAAAUGGCUUUAGUUCCAAUCUUUAGGUUAACUUUAAAAUAUAAAUUUAAGGUUGGCUCAACUGCAAUGUUUUAUAUGCGUUCUCUUAAUGUGAUGUUCACUCAGAUUGUGUGUGUGAAAGCAUAUGUUGGGACAUGUGUACACAGAGUAUAGCAAACAUUAGGAACACUUAUUGGGUUGCAGACAUCUCUCCCCUUUGCCCUCAGAACAGCCUCAAUUCGUCGGGACAUGAACUCUACGAGGUGUUGAAAGCGUUCCGCAGGGAUGCUUCCAACAGUUGUGUCAAAGUUGGCUGGAUGUCCUUUGGGUGGUGGACCAUUCUUGAUACACACAAACUUGUGUGAAACCCAGCAGCGUUGCAGUUCUUGAUACACACGGGAAACUGUUGUGAAACCCAGCAGCGUUGCAGUUCUUGAUACACACGGGAAACUGUUGUGAAACCCAGCAGCGUUGCAGUUCUUGAUACAAAGCGGUGUGCCUGCCACCUACUACAACACCCAGGUCAAAGGCUAUUGUCUUGACCAUCCAUCCAUGUUUCAAGGUUUAAAAAUCCUUUUAACCUGUCUCCUCCCCUUCAUCUACACUGAGUGAAAUGGAUUUAACAGCGUUCAGCUGGUCAGUCUCAUCGAAAGAGCAGGUGUUCCUAAUGGUUUUGUACACUGUGUACAUUUGCCAUGAGUCUUUAUACAAUGGUUAGCCCCUGAUAUAAAUUACUUCUCUGAUCUUAUGAAAGCUAACAAUUACACUACAUAUUGCAUGAUUUUAGAAAAUUCUUACCAAUUGUCACCAAGCCAUAGAAUUUGGUAAAUGUGAAUGUUCAAUUUGCUUGAUAAUCCCUAAAUUUUACCGCACCACACCCAGACUCCAUGUAUCUGUGUAGAAGACGUUUGACCGAGAUGAAUCUCCGAUAUUGUUUUAGCCAAGUUAGAGUGUGCUGGUGCACUACAAUCUGGUGCUGACUGGGAAGGCAGAAGUCCUCUUUUUCCUUGUACAUUUCUUUUAUUAAAGACUUAAUUACAAAUUGUU